GACGUCCUUUUCCAUUUCAACCUUAAAAGAACAGCAGGGUGUCUCAAUAAUUCCACUCAUUUCAAUGGACUCCACGUUAGCACCCAAACCGACCAUCAACGUUGCUGCCAUCUGUGGUUCCACUCGCAAAGCUUCCUUCCAUCAUGGCCUCAUCCGCGCCGCCAUUGAAUUAGCCACCCAAGCGAUCGACGGGAUGUCGAUCGUAAACGUCGACAUAUCGCUGUUACCGAUGCUCAACACAGAUCUCGAAGUCGACGACAAAUUUCCACCGGAGGUCGAAGCAUUUCGUCAGAAGAUUCUUCAAUCUGAAUGUUUCCUCUUUGCUUCUCCUGAGUACAAUUACACGGUCACAGCACCUUUAAAGAACGCAAUCGAUUGGGCAUCUAGGCCACCGAACGUGUUUGCCGAUAAGGCUGCUGCUAUUGUUAGUGCCGGAGGUGGGUUUGGCGGAGGGCUGGCACAGUAUAGUCUCCGGCAAAAUGGUGUUUUCCUUGAUCUUCAUUUCAUUAAUAAGCCAGAGUUUUUCCUCAAGGCGUUUGAAGGUCCUCCCAAGUUCGACGAUGAAGGUAAUCUAAUAGAUACUGUGGCUAAAGAGAGUCUAAAAUCUGUUCUUUUGGCGCUGAAAGCUUUCACGUUGAGACUUCGAGCCAAGUAAAGUGAUGAAGGUUAAAAGUUAAGGAGAGGUUGAUUUCUUCACUCAUUUAGACAUUUCCUCGGUGGACGUGGUUGUGUGAACUUGUGGCUGAUCAGUUAUCCAGUAAUAAUUCAUUUGUAAUCCAUUAAUAUAUGUGAUGAGAUAAAUGAACUAGUCAUCUUGGUUCUCUAAAAAUAAAAGAAAUUUUUUGGUGUAAAAAUAAAAGAAUUUUAAUUUUUUUUUGGUGUAUGAGUCACGUUUUGGAAGAACAUAUAAAAAUGUGUUUGUUUUUUUC